AAGAAUUCCUAGUAUAAACUUGCAAAAUGGCUGCUCGCGAGUCAGGCAGAAUAAAGGAUGCAAAUCAAAAGAGAGUCCUUGAUGACGCCGCGCGUAAACGCAGGCAGAAGAAAGCCUUGGAGGCACUGGAGCAAGAUAAUUUUCAUGAUGAUCCGCAUGCCGAUUUAGUGAUGAGCAAGAAAGCUCCGAAGUUCCAAGAGACGCUAGACAACAGAGGUGCCAGCAGGAAGAAGAAAACGCGAUCGGCAGAAUACUACAAGCAACGCUUUCGCAAAACGUUUGCUCAGCUUGUCGAAGAGGAUCUCAACAUGAAUCCCAAUCCACCCAAUUACGCCUGUGCUCAAGCGCCACCAUCCCGCUUCCCUGAAAGACAUUUUUGUGCAGUGUGUGGUUUCCCAAGUAACUAUACAUGUAUACCGUGCGGUGCUAGGUAUUGUUGCGUGAAAUGCCUGGGAACUCAUCUCGAUACGAGAUGCAUGAAAUGGACGGUCUAAGAGAUUGUAAGUUUUAAUAACUGAGACUUAAUAGAGUCGACACAAAACAACUAUUUUAAAUCUAUAGCCAUAUUUGUUUGCAAGAGAGGAACUACUUUAUAUUCUUUCAGUGGCUUCAAUAAAUAAAAUGAGUUUCAUGAUCUUGCAAAAAAUCAA